AUGUUUGUUCUGCCCCUUCAUGCCGGCCCAUUAGGAUGUCAUUCCGCCCAUUGCCGCCCUGAGUGGACGCCACGGACAGUCCACAUCCCCCGUUCUCUGGGACUGCCGAUCGAGACGGUUCCCGUUUCACCUGGGACUAGCAAUCACCUGAUGGCCAUAUUCUGGUUCGUGCCCGCUUCCGGGCAGAUCAUCGCAGUACCCCGGAUCGGUCGCCGCACGACGGCCCAAUUGGCAGGGCAUGGGUGA